AUGAAGGUGGUCAUUAUUGGUGCCGGAAUCGGUGGUCUGGUUUGCGCCAUAUCCUGUCGUCGGGAAGGCCUCGAAGUUGUAGUUCUCGAACAAGCUGCUGCUUUACAGCCUGUCGGCGCAGGGAUACAGAUACCACCUAACGCUGCCCGGAUCCUUCGCAAGCUCGGCCUCGUACCCCAACUGCUAGACAAGGCCACUUUGGUCGAUACAAUUGACUACCUUCGAUACAAAGAUGGCAAGGUCUUGUAUCAGAUGGAAGGCGGCGAGAAGAUGAAGCAAUCCUAUGGCGAUCUUUGGAUGGUUAUUGCUCGACCACACUACCACGGUGUAUUAUGGAGCGCGGCCAAGGAGGCUGGCGCAGAGUUACGACUUGGCACGGAGGCAGUGGCGAUCGAUUUCGAAAACUCAAGUGUGCGCCUUGGGACUGGCGAAAUCGGCCGCAUAGCCUUGCUUGGCGAUGCAUGCCAUCCAACACUGCCAUAUCAAGCGCAGGGCGCAGCAAUGGCGGUAGAAGAUGGCGCUGUUCUGGGAAAGCUGCUUGGGCAGUUGGAGAGCUCAGGUCUAUAUCAUGAUGGGACCAGAGACACUGUACUGGGCAUGUUGGAGAUCUACGAGAACUUACGAAAGUCUAGGACCACCAUCAACGUUCAGGGAGCAAGGUCAAAUCAGCGUGCAUAUCAUUUGCCAGAUGGCCCCAUUCAGGAGUCAAGGGAUGCUUGGCUAAGGUCUGAACCUAGAGGAGCUUCACUCGAUGGUUUCACUCUCGCUGACACGGCCUACCUCGAAGUUAUUCUGGGAUUUGAUGCCUUGGAGGAAUGUGUCGAUGCUUUCGAGCAUUGGAAAGCUGGCCAGUCACAAACUCUGCCGAGAUACAAUUUGUAG